AUGGCCUAUUAUCGCGCUCCCAGUAGCUCCUCAUCCUCUGCCUCCAUCCCAGUUCCUACAGGAUACGACUACGAAGUAUUCUUAAGCUUCAGGGGACCGGAUACGCGAGCAACAUUCACUGAUCACCUGUACAAUGUUCUCAAAAAUGCAGGCAUCCGUGUCUUCAGGGACGAUGAAGAGCUCCGCAAAGGGGAAGCGAUUGGCUCCAAGCUCCUCAAAGCAAUGACGCAGUCGAAAAUCUCCAUUCCUAUCUUCUCUAGAGGUUAUGCUCGUAGCAAAUGGUGCCUUGAGGAGGCCGUGCAGAUGGUCAAGUGCAUGGAAGCAACAGAGCAGGUGAUACUGCCGGUUUUCUACGAUGUCACGCCGAAUCAAGUGCAGUACCAGACGGGAGAUGAUUAUGGUCUGGCCUUCUCGGACCAUACGAAGAAUUAUUCCUCAGAUACCGUGAAAGAGUGGAGAAGCGCUCUUUCGGCUCUCGGGAAGUUGAAGGGAUGGGAUCUAACAGUUCCCAACUGUGUAGUCCUUUCCCCUUACAGAUCAAUACUGACUAAGGGCGUCAUAUGGUUCAUUAUUCUCCCGAAAACUCGAUCUCAAGGGGAGUUAGUACAAGAGAUAGUUUCAGAGGUCUGGAAACAAUUGAAUAAACCCCGUCUUGAUGUGGCUGACCAUUUAGUUGGACUCGAUGAUCACGUGGACGAAGUUAUGGACUUGUUAGACAUGGGAAUAGAAGAUGUAAGAAUUGUCGGGAUUUGCGGAAUGGGUGGAGUUGGGAAGACAGCAGUUGCAAAGUUUGUUUGUAACCAACUCAUGGAUCAAUUUGAACAUUGUAGCUUCCUCAGUGAUAUCAGAGAAAAAUCAUUGCAACCGAAUGGCACGGAGUCCUUGCAGAGACAGUUAGUCUUUGAUAUAUUAAGGCAAAAACACAAAGAAAUUCCCAAUGUCGAUAGAGGAAAAAGCAUGCUCAAAGGCAGGCUUCACAACAAAAAGGUGCUCAUUCUUCUAGACGAUGUCGAUCGGAGCGAACAACUCAGCAACCUGUUAUCAGAUCUUUAUUACUACGCUCCAGGAAGUAGGAUCAUUGUUACAACCAGAAAUUUAAAUGUUCUGGACGAAUCUCGAGGAGAUCGAAUCUAUAGAGUCACAGAACUGAAUCAGGACGAUGCUUUCCUACUAUUUUGCAAGCAUGCAUUCAGGCAGAAUUUUCCAAUUUCUGAGUUUGCUGAUCUGUCUUGGCAAAUUGCAAAGGCAACUGGAGGACUUCCUCUAGCUAUUGAGGUCAUAGGUUCUUAUCUAUCUGCCAAAUUACAGGAAGAUGUUUGGCGAGAGGCAUUAGACCGGUUGAGAAAAGAACCAAGCGUCCAAGAUAGAUUGAGGAUCAGCUUUGACGCAUUAAAUCACGAUGAACGGGAAAUAUUUCUUGACAUUGCAUGUCUUUAUGCUGGAACGGAUUAUAGGGUACUUGUUCUCAUGUGGAAAGCGUGUGGAUUUUCACCAGCAAGUACACUUCAAGACUUAUGUCAGAAGUCCAUGGUUAAAAUUGGAGAUGAUAAGGAGGUGUGGAUGCAUGAUCAAAUUAAGGAUCUCGGCAGGGAAAUUGUCCAUCAGGAAAACUAUGGCGAACCAGGAGAGCGGAGCAGGCUAUGGCGCCAUGAAGAUGCUAUCGAAGUACUGGAAUAUGAAGAGGGAACAUCAAAGGUGAAAGCCAUCCGCAUAGAUCAUGGGUUGGAGGAGGCAGAGACACGUUUCAGGGGUCAGACGUUUGAGAAGUUAACAAAGCUUCUUUGCCUUGAGCUAGGUGACUGUAAUCUCGAGGGGAACUUUCAAAGACGCUUACAUCGAUUAAAAUGGCUAAGUUGGCACGGGCAUACCCCGUUAAAUAUACCCUCUGAUUUACAUCUAAGGAACUUGGUUGUCCUCAACCUGUCAAAAAGCGUCGUUACUACUGACUGGAGUGGAUGGAGCUCAGUUCAGGUUCUCAAGAAGCUGGAAGUUGUUAAUCUCACGGGUUGCCGUCAACUAACAGGAACUCCUCAGUUUUCCUCAUUCCCACCUAUCAAGAGAUUAAUACUUGACGAUUGCUAUGCAUUAGCUGUGGUUCACCACUCAGUCGGGUAUCUUACAACUCUUGAGUCCCUAAGUCUGAAGAAUUGCUGCAGCCUUGAGAGGUUGCCUGAAGAAUUGGGUUCUUUGACAUCAUUGACCGAGCUUGUCGUCGAUGGAACACUUAUCCAAGAAAUACCAGCAUCUACAGGUAUGGCAUGUCUUAAAACUCUCAGUGCCAAAUGGUGCAAAUCGCUUACUCGAAUUCCUGAGUCAAUAGAAUGCUUGAAGAAACUGCAGCGGUUGUUGCUGAAUCAUUGUCGGUCAUUGAGAGAUAUUCCAUCAUCCAUUGGAGAGUUGCAGUCACUGGAAGAGCUGAACUUAUCACAUACAAGUGUUUGGCACUUACCUUAUUCCGUUGGAAACUUGAUCAAUUUGCGAAUGCUUGAUAUAAGUCACAGUCCAGUGAGGACUCUCCCUUGUUUUCUCGGGAAGUUACAUAAGCUAGAAGUACUAAAUGCCUCUCAUUGUCAAAGCUUGGCUGGAUCAAUUCCAUUCGAACUCGAUAGCCUGCCUUCUCUAAGAAUUUUAAGGCUAGACCACACUGGUGUUACUGAAAUCCCAUCAAGCAUCCAUGGGCUCUUUCAUCUCCAAACACUUGAUUUGAGAAGUUGCGUGCUCCUAAGGACUCUCCCUGAGCUUCCUUUCAGCUUAGUCAAUCUCAAAGUCACUUGCCGAUCUCCUGGGAGUGCAUUCCUGACUUUAUCAAGCUUCAUUAAUUUGAAGCAAUUGGAGAUUUUAGGAUGUAUUAGGCUCACCGAAAUUCCUGAGAAUAUUGGUGGCCUUUCUCGGCUUAAAGAACUUUCUAUUGGAGACUGUCCAGGUAUUCAGUCCCAUCCUCUACUCCCAUCAAGCCUUCGUUGCUUGCGACUUUCAGGCCUUUCUUCACUUGAAAGUCUACCAAAUCUAUCAAACUUGGGAAAGUUGUCGAGCUUAUCUCUAACGAACUGCCCCAGGAUCGUGGAAAUUCCAGGACUGAAGGAUAUAGUAUCUCUGAGAACAUUGCGGGUAAGCGGUCCAUUAGCUAACCUGAAUGCCCUCAAGAAUCUAACAUCUUUAUCUUACUUGUCGGUGGAUGGGUGUAAGUUCAAAAGACUGCCAGAUUUGUCAGAGUUGAAGGGGAUUCUACACAUAACAGUUAGGCAAUGUAGAAAUCUGAUUGAAAUUCAAGGCUUCAGUAGCUUGCGUAUGCUGAGAAGUUUAUCGAUCAGUGAUUGUACAUCGUUGCCAAUGUUAACUGAUCUCUCAGGCCUAAAAUUGUUGGAGAUGUUGAACAUUUCAGGGUACAAAGGAAUGGAGACAUUACCAGAUUUGUCUUCACUCAGGAAGUUAAAGUCACUAAAGCUGGGGGGAAUGGAACCUACUGCAUUUAUUCAUGCAAUAAGGGAAUUGGCAUCGCUAGAGAUAAUAGACAUUUCUAGCUCCAGAAUACAGAUGUUGCCGGAUCUAUCACCAUUGCUCGAGUUAAAACAACUAAAGUUGCAUGAAUGCCAGCAACUUAAACAGAUUCCUGAACUCACAGGAUUGUCAUCAAUGGAGAUACUAGACAUUUAUAAGUGCGAGGCAGUAGUGAUGUUACCGAAUCUAUCAUCGUUGAGUAAGUUGGAACAAUUGAAGCUGCACUGUUGCAAGAAAAUUCUACAGAUCCCUCGACUUAUUGGACUGGCAUCGCUGCAGAUACUGCAUAUUCAAGGGUGUGGGAAAAUAAAGUUGUUACCAAAUUUGUCCUCAUUGAGUAAGUUAGAACAACUGAAGGUGCGAGACUGCAAACAACUUAAAAAGAUCCCUCCAUUGACGGGAAUGGCAUCGUUGGAAUUACUAGACAUUUAUCGAUGUGGGGCAAUAGAAGUGCUACCUGAUCUAUCGUCGUUGCGUAAGUUACAACAACUGAAGUUGCGCUAUUGUGAACAACUUCAACAUAUUCCUGGUCUCACAGGAUUGACAUCACUAGAGAUACUUGAAGUUUCUAUGUGCCAGGCGCUAGUGAUGCCUGAGUGGACAAAUCGUGGACGGGAAGAAAAUAUUCCGGGACUCUCUGAAUUGGCAUCAUUGAAGGUUCUAAUCAUAUCUUUUUGCCCAGGAAUUGUGCAGUUGCCUAAUCUGUCAUCACUAUGCAACUUAAUGAGUUAAAAGUAGCAGGUU